AUGGAUGCAGCUGCACUUUUGUGCAAUAUCUGCCCCAAGCGGCCCACUUUCAGCGAUGUAUCGCACUUGCUGACCCAUAUCUCGUCAAAGGCCCACUUGUCCCAUUAUUUUAAACUUCAAGUACGCAGUCAUCAAGAGCAACAAGCAGUAGCCUUGCUACAUGAAUAUGACAGAUGGUAUAAGAGAAACAACUUGGCCAAGUUGCUUUCGGAUCGGAUGUCCUCGAAAGAAGCCCGCAAGAAAAAGAUACACGAGAAGUCAUAUACGGAGAGCGAGACUGAUAAUGCUACAGUGCCAGUAUAUACUGCAAGUCCUUCAUUCCAGAACCCACUGCCUGAUUAUCUGGACCCGCGUCUCUCUCGUUCGUAUGUCAUUGCGGAACCUGAGACUGAGAAUGCGAGCACGCCAUACUCUUCAGCCAAUGCCGCUUCUAGUGACCCGUCUUAUAAUCUCACGCAUACUUACCCUGGACUGGAAGACCACUCGCUAGCUCCAGUAACCUCACCGACAAAGACAUCACAGGCUCUAUGCAGCCCCUGGAAACAAGAGCCACUGCAAAGGGUGGAGGACGAGGACAUCCCAGUGCAAACCGCAUUGUACUGGGCAAAGGCAUCGGACAACGAAGCAGACGUGGCUCCUCAGCCAUCCGACCAAUACAGCUGCGAUCCAUUUGUCGACGAUAAUGAAACUGACAGCAUUUAUUUUCGCACCAUGAAUGAGAUGGAAAAGGAAAGAGCAGAUGAGAUAGCCAGACUGAAGGGUGUGCUGUGGCCUGGUAUGGAUAUAUUUGACUCGGCUACCGAACAAAUGAGACGCAGACGAAAUCAGAAGAAGGACGAAAGCAUCUUGAAGCUCAUGGAAAAGACGUCCCUUUGUGUGGAGCCCACAGAGCUUGUCUUUUCCCCUACCGGAAUUUUACGGAAGCAGCGUGUGAUCUCAGGUAAUUUUGAGGACAGCAGCCCCCUCAAAGGGGAGACGCCCAUUCCCAAACGUCGAUUAAAUCGCCCCAAAAGGGUCCUCUCUCAAGUUGAUCCUAACAUCCAACGUGGGCAAAGUAGGAAACGAACCAGAAGGACUACCAAACGCAUUGAGAAACUGUCGCGGGAUGACAUGGACGAAUUUGAAUUAUCCUUCAAUGGGACAAAGCUAAAACCUCGCACUGGAUUUACCGUCUUUCAUGAUAGACCAAGUCAGUGUAAUGCUGGUUCUACGGAUCAUAAUCAUGGCGAUGAUGGAACUCAUGCUGUGGCAUCGGCUCCCUCUCAUCCUCUAUACCUCCUCAAGGAUUUCACACUUCAUCAUGAUGCUUAUCCACUAUCACCUGGUGACCGAUAUCCUUCAGUGGCUGGAAGAGCGCAUGAUUUGACCAUGGACAAGGAGAACAUCGAACCCCUCCUGGAUGUUCGUGGCCGCAUUGACCCUCUAAUGGACUGGCAAUCCCCUUCCCUCACGGAGCAUUUGACCAGCGGAAUCUGUUACCCACCGCAGUACUUCUUUGGAGAUUCUCGACCUGUCGGCUUCAGAUCGUUCAAUAACCAGGAAAGCCCCACUGGAUACUCGUUCAACCCUUUGGCCCUUUCACUCUCUGGGUUGCCCGCUGACGAUGGUCCAGUGUAUACUCCAAAACCAGAACUUAGAUCGAACAACCAGUGUGAACCACAGCUUGGCUCACCCGAGUCAACAAUUUCAGAAGUUGAUGAAAGCGAGUUUGGCCGACUUUACCUGGACGGGAGCUCGUUCUAA